UCUCCCCUGAUUAGCCUGUUGUUGGCCUCGGGUCGCUAAUCUUUUUCUGCCUGGGUGAAAAAGCUGGGAGCCUAAAGUGGGACGGGCAAGCAGGGGAAACUCUGGCCCCAUCCCGUUCUCCACUCCUAGUGCGCACUGCGACCCAUCAGACGUGGAACCUAAGGUGCGACAGGAGCACGCGCCUGCCGCUCCAAAGUACUCUCAGUGAGACGGUAAAAGGAGGGGGCUACCUUUUCACCAUAUACUGGAUUAUUUUACCCACUCAGUCUGUAAGCCUGUAGGUGGUUCAGCUGUCAUACGAGGACGUCUGGCUGAGCAGUGGAAAUCAAGGCACCACCCAUCAUGGUCAGAGUAUCAGUUACUGUCAUUGCCCUUGUGCCCCUCUUGUUGUGUGCAUGCUGGGCCAAGCCUAAUGGAUCAAAGAACAAGAAACCAAAGCAGAUUGUUCCAGAUAUAGAGUGCGACGUCAGGGCUGGAAAGAUCAAUCUCCCUGAGUUCAUUGUCAAAUGUCCUGCACAGUGCAAGGAAACCAGGCAGCAGGUCUAUGGAACCGGCGUGUUUGCCUCCAUCUCCAGCAUCUGCAACGCAGCCAUCCAUAGUGGGGUCAUCACUAACUCAGGAGGGAAGGUGAUUGUAAGGAAGAUGGCCGGGCAGAACAUCUACAAAGGCAGCAAUUCCAAUGGGGUACGCUCGCUGUCAUUGCCCAAGUGGAGGGAGUCGUUUGUCGUUGCAGUGGGUAAGCCAAAGAAAGGAGUCAUUUACCCAUCUACUCUGGACUACGUUCCUUCAAGACCAACCUAUGUGAAAACAGGUCAAAAGGAGGCCAAGUCACCUGCAGUCACCACGGCGCUGCCUACAACAGCAGCCCCUGAAGUCACCACCACCACUCCUGAGCCAACCACCACCACACACCCUCCCACUACCACCACCACUACAGCUCCACCACCACCUCCAACCACCAAGGCCCGGGCUGCUGUCCAUAAAAUCCGGGAUGCAGGAAGCAGUCACCCAUACCUUACUCACAUGGCUGCCACAAGUUCAAGACAGUCACAGACAGGCCCAGGAAAGAGUCCCAGUCAAGUAUUCAGAGGAGGCUCCUAUCCGAAUAGAUUCCCACACCGUGCAAGUGCAGGUAUGCGCAGACCAGAGGCGGGGUCAGCCAUCAGGAGGCAGCCAUCCUCUCCUGUUGGCCCAGCUUUCAACAGGGUUCAGCCUGCCCCACCAGAGCGGACUCAAACCAUGAGCCAGCCCAACCCUGCUUUUCCCAGAAGGGAUUGGCCACCCCCUUCUUUUGCUCGUCCUGAUUGGUUCCCUGGAGCCCGACGUCCAGCAGAUGUUAGUUACACAGGUCCAGACACAGGAUAUGCAUGGAGUGAGACGGACACACCUGAAUAUCCAGCUCGGGAUCACAGGCCUGAUAUCUCAGACUUUGAGCGCUGGUUUUAUAACUUUGGACCUUACCCCCCUCGAUCCACUGACUCAGAGGGCAGCAUUAAAAUGCCGCUGGAUCCAACCCAUACCAAAGUGGAGCCCGUGGAUGUCUGGAAACCAGAAGCAAACCCCUAUGAAUCCGGUUUCACUUUGAGGGAGCAAGACCCUGUACCCCGAACACCUGAGCCUGUGUCACAGGGAGACCCAAAUUGUAAGGUAGACCUUGCCUUCUUGAUGGACGGGAGUUGGAGUAUUGGGAAGCGGCGUUUUAAGAUCCAGAAGGACUUCCUGGCUGAGGUGGCACAGACCAUCAAUGUGGGUGUCGCGGGACCCAUGAUGGGCAUCAUCCAAUAUGGUGAUGACCCGAUGACGGAGAUCAGUCUGAGGACUUACUCCAGCUCCAAAGAAGUGAAGUCAGCCAUUGAUAAGAUUGUGCAGAAGGGGGGCCUCUCCAAUGUGGGAAAAGCCCUCUCCUACAUCAACAAGCAGUACUUCAGCGACGCCAAUGGCAACCGUGGAGGAGCUCCAAAUGUGGCCGUGGUGCUUGUGGACGGCUGGCCCACGGACAAGGUGGAGGAGGCCUCUCGACUGGCGCGCGAGUCCGGCAUCAACAUCUUUUUCGUCACCAUCGAGGGCCCUGACGACAGUGAGAAACAAAACCUCGUCGAGGCCAACUUUGUGGACAAGGCAGUGUGUCGGACAAACGGCUUCUACUCCCUUCCCGUGAACAGCUGGUUCGCCCUGAGGAAAGCGGUGCAGCCUCUGGUGAAGCGGGUGUGUGACACCGACCGGCUGGUGUGCAGCAAGACGUGCCUGAACGCCAACGACAUCGCCUUCGUCAUCGACGGCUCCAGCAGCGUGGGGACGGGCAACUUCCGCACGGUGCUGCAGUUCGUGGCCAACGUGACCAGGGAGUUCGAGAUCUCCGACACGGACACGCGGGUCGGGGCCGUGCAGUACACCUACGAGCAGAGGCUGGAGUUCGCCUUCGGCCAGUACGACAACAAGGCCGAGCUGCUGAACGCCAUCAAGCGCGUCAACUACUGGAGCGGGGGCACCAGCACCGGGGCAGCCAUCACCUACGCCGCCGAGCAGCUUUUCAGCAAAUCCAAGCCCAACAAGCGCAAGAUCAUGAUAGUAAUCACAGACGGGCGCUCGUACGAUGACGUCAGGGCGCCGGCGCUGGCCGUCCACCGCCAAGGUGUGAUUGCGUACUCCAUCGGCAUCGCCUGGGCUGCCCAGGACGAGCUGGAGUACAUCGCCACGGACCCCGACAAGGAGCACUCCUUCUUUGUGGACGAGUUUGACAACCUCUACAAAUUUGUGCCCAAGAUCAUUCACAACAUCUGCCAGGAGUUCAACUCUCAGCCCAGAAACUGAAGCCGGACGUGUGCGGGGAUGGGGGGG